AGGGGAAAGACUGCACCAGAAUCAUGGUUGUUCAGCUUUGCCCACUUCCAGCGCCACUCCUGCUCAGACUCACGUAUUAAUAUCUCCACCCGGUAGCGAGAUUUUCUUGGCAUAAAUUAUGUGACCCGAUAAAAAUGGCUAACUCCCACUUUGAAACAGUGAAAUAUUUCAGCCUGCAUUGCGUCGACUCUGCCACGUUUUAUGUAUGCGAAGGUUGCGAUAACGAAUUCAUUGGAUGUUGCACAUCCGAUCCCUGCCGCGAUGGCAGCGGCAUCUGUCCCGAUGGCCACCUGCGGAUGGCCAGCUUCGCCGCUGACAAAUCUGACGAGUUGAAAAAACAGAGCUGUGAUGAUACUCGAGGGUCAAGUGUCUGGUGGGUUUGCCCAGACACCGACCCGCCCUUUAUGGGAUGCUGCGAUAUAAGUCCCUGCGGUGAGGGUUGCUCGAGGAGUAACCUCCUACCGGCUGUCCUAUCGAAAAAUAAAGAGAAUCGGCAAGCAUUUCUUGACCCGGAGGGCUUUACCUCCACUAUAUCGGCAAGCGCGGCUACAAGUACAGCAUCUUCGAGCUCACCGAGCAAUGACGACAGCGGUGGCUUGGGCACUGGAGCUAUAGUGGGCAUUGCUGUUGGAUCUGCUGCUGUAUUCCUGAUUCUCCUAAGUCUCUUGAUCUGUAUCUGUUGGAGGCGUCAGCGGAAGCGUAAACAAACCGGCGAAAAGGUUCAAUCUCGCGAAUUCUCUGCAGCCUCUGAUCCAAAUCAGUCGCCCAUGGGUUAUAACGGUCAAUAUUUCCCUUCAGCAAGUACUGUCGUCCCCCACUAUUCUAGUGGCUUCUCCAUCGAUCAACACAAUAAGCCCUCUCCGCCGCUAGGAUGGUCUAAUGAACUAUUUUCACCAAACACCUCUUCGAACAUAAACUCAACCUUUCGUGGGAGCUACGACCAGCCCUUCUUGCCCAUGCAUAUGAUGACCGUACACGAGAUGGAUGGGGUAGACAGGACGCCCCAAGAGCUCAGUACAGACCCUUUGGAAACCUAUGAGGAUCAGAACCAGAGUCCUGAUAUGGACCAAGCACCACCUCAGAAUCAAGGGUAUUUUAGGCGUUAAGUGAGUGCAAGACGAGCACAGGAUAUGGCACAUAUAAGGCUGAGCCAUCAAAUGCAAAGUCACAACAGUACCAAUCACUUA